AUUAUGUUGCAAAUGUGGAGCCUCAAUUCAUUCCAACCCCACAAAUAUGUGUGAGGCCUGCCUUGCAUCUGAAUGUGACAUCACUGCAGAUAUACCCAAACAGCAUACAAUUACUUUCUGUCCAAAGUGUUCUAGGUUCCUUAAUCCACCAUCUCAAUGGGUGCUAGCGCCUCUGGAAUCCCCCGAGUUACUCUCGAUUUGUCUCAAGAGGGUCAAAGGCCUUGGGAAGAAUAAUAAAUUGAAGGAAGCUUCCUUUAUCUAUACCGAACCUCACUCUCGGAGACUAAUUAUUCAGGUAGCUUCCACUCGAGUUUCAAGCCUGACCGCGCGUCUUUUUUUAAUUUUUCAGAUUAUUAUUCGUGGUGAGAUAUGCGUAAACACUGUCGUUGAACAGAAGGCCCUUUUGCACUUUGUCAUGCACCCGCAACAGUGUUCUGACUGCACAAGGAACGAAGCGAAGGAUUACUGGAAUGCUUGUGUCCAGAUCAGACAGAAGGUGGAUCAUAAACGAACUCUUUAUUAUUUGGAACAACUGCUUCUUCGUAAAAGUGCUCCCCGCAAAUACUCCAGCGUUAAACAAGCCAAAGGUGGCAUGGAUUUCUUCUUUUCGUCGCGCGCUAAUGCAGUCGCCUUUGUGGAGUACGUCAGCAAGCUGAUUCCUUGUCGCACAAACACCUCCCAACAGCUGAAGUCCCAGGACGUGCACAGCAACACCUAUAACUACAAGUACACCUUCUGUCUAGAUGUUGUACCUGUCUGUAAAAAUGAUGUUGUCUGCCUAACGAAACAUUUUGCGUCCAGACUCGGAUUUGCUAACCAGGUCCUUAUCGUCGUAAAGAUCACCGAUAAAGUUCGAUUAUUGGAUCCAGUGUCCUGCUUAACUCGCGACGUUGAUGUCCAGACCUACUACGCUAAUCCUUUCACUGCCAUUUCAAACAGCCGUAAUGUGAUGGAGUUCUUUGUCAUGGAUGUUGAGGCUGAUGACUGCCACACUAACGAAAGAUCCGUCUCCUCUGUGGACCCCUCGGUUGGGGCGUUGAAGCCGGCAGGCGCGUGGGUGGUACCAUCCGCCCACCUGGGCGCUGAAGGGGAUGAGGGUGAACAGGUUUACGUAAGAACGCAUCUUGGAAAUAUCCUCAAAAUCGGUGAUUCUGUUAUUGGUCUUGAUCUAAGGAAUGCCAACGUAAACCACUCAGAUUUUGAGGCCAUUCCUGAGGAGAAAAGACCUCUAGUUGUCCUAAUUCAGCGCAUGUGUAAUUCCACAACAAGGCAGAGACGACACCGACGACGUUUAUGCUCCAAUGGUGAAACGUUUUCUGAAAUUGCAGCUACCUCGUCUGUAGAUAUGCAGUCCGAUGCUGAAAAAAAACAUGAGUACAAUUCUGACCUAUCAGACGACGAAUAUGUCGACGCCGAAGAAGAAGUGACUAUCGGUGAACAAAUGGAGACCGACGAAUAA